GCGAGCGGGAGAGAACAGCCGGGAACGGAAGGUGGAGCUAAACCUGACGCAGUAGUUGUCAGGCAGUGGUGCGGGUCGGUUGUGUCAGCGUUUGACUGGGAUUUUCUUUCAUCAUGGCUCGGUGUACUGUUCUAUUUGCUGCACUGCUGCUCCUGUCGGGUUCGGUCAUCGCCGAGUCAGACUUUAGUGGCUUUGAAGGAUCUGAUCCAUCUGACACACCAACCACCGCUGAUCCAGACACUACCACUACCACUUCCACCUCGAGCACCUCAACAACCACUACCACAGAAGCUACGACUCCAACCACCACGCCAACCACCACCACCACCACGCCAACCACCACCACCACGCCAACCACCACCACCGCGCCAACCACCACCACCGCGCCCACCACCACCACCGCUCCCACCACUACUCCAACCCCCACCACUACUCCAACCCCCACUCCAGCACCUAAGCCAACAUCGCACAUCAACUACAAUGUGACGGAAGAUAAUGUGACCUGUGUGAAGAUUGCCGGAGAGAUCUUCUUCAACAUAAACUACUCGCGCACAGACAAUACCACAGUCAUUGGCAAAGUGUUUGUGCCAUCCCUAGGAGUUGAGGUGGAUGGCUCCUGCAAUGAAACUGAUGGCAGCCAGUUCAUUUCCUUCACCUGGGGCAAGAAUCACGUUCGGAUGAACUUUGACCCCGCAGACAAGAACUCCUGGACCUUCACAGACCUCACUGCCAGUCUGUCCAUGGAUGACUUGGACAAUGCCACUGAAGCUGGUAAGACUCUGACAUUGACUGUGGACUACAACUUCAACCCUGGUGAAGUGAGUGUCAACCAUAGCUUCAUCUGCCGUGCAGAUCUCUCUACCUCCAACGUGACUGCUAUGCUUGACAAGGAUCAUUAUAACCCUACAAUCACGUCCACCCUCAAGAACAUCCAGAUUCAAGCCUUCAACCAGAUUGGCAAAGAGAAGGACUUUGUGGACUCUGUGCAUUGCACUGCAGACAAUAUCUCUGAUGUUGUACCCAUUGCUGUUGGCUGUGCUCUGGCUGGACUGGUGGUGCUUGUCCUCAUUGCCUACCUGGUGGGGCGGCGCAGGAGGUCGGGAGCGUAUCAGUCAGUUUGAGGAGGUUUAAGUGGGAAACCUGUGUAAGGAUUAGUAUAUUGGCAUACUAUUUGGGAUAUAGUGGGCUGGCAUUCACUGUGAUAUGUAGAUGAAGGAAGUAUUUGUGAUGAAAAAUUUGUUUUAAUUCAGCUGAAAACAGCACUAAGCAGUGUCUAUGAAGAUUACUCAUUUCUGCCUAUUGAACUACUAGCAUUGGUUGUGGUAAUUUAAGACUACCCUUUCCUCACUUAGCACAGGGUGGCAUGAUUAAAUUUUCAACAUAGUUUGUCAACAAUGUAUAAACUUGUCAUGAGUGCUAUGGCAUUGGAAUUUAUAUAUUGUAAAUAGUUGUGGAAAGAUUUGUUUGAUAGUCUGGAUGAUCAUGAGGUUUUCAUUCCUCUUGGGUAUAAUAAGUAUAGAUCUGAUUUUGUAGGAUUAAAGUAUGUCCUCCCUUGAUUUGUUGUGCCAUCUCUUCAUCUCAUGCAAUGUACAGAUAUUGGGUGUCUUGUUUAGUAGUUUGCAAGUGAUAUUAAGUAAAGUAUAUAUGAAAGAAAAAUAAGACAAUGACAGCACUACCUACCUAUAUGGGAAAUCUCCAAUGCUGUAGUAGUGUAGGACCAAAUUAACCUUAAAAGGGUGAAGGUGCAUUUCCCUAGUCAGAAGGUUAACACUUAGCUUUACAACUUGUGCUCGAGUUGUAAAGAUGGGUAAUGAGUCUUGAUUCUUGUCUGGUAGCAAUCUUUCCAGCUCUAAGAAUUUUUUGAAAAGAAAAUAGUUUAGGUGACCAUGUUCAAAAUUGUAUAAUUAGUGUAUGAACAGGUAGGGUGUUGAAGAGCAACUUCCAUCCUUGUUAGAUGCCUUACCUUGUUUACAUUCUUAGUCCUUCAUGACCUGAGAACUUCAUACAGUCUAGUUAUGGGUGUAAGUAUUUUAUGGUGUGAAGUUUAUAUAAGUUUUCCAAGUAAAUAAUUGAAUUAC